AUGGACGUCGACGUCGUCCUCUCCUCACAAGACGUAGCCCCAGGUUUGCCCCAGCUGAGGGGAUCCCAGAGUCGACAGGAGUACUAUAUUCGUAUGGCGAAGAACUACGCCCGCGAUCUGACGAACAGUGAUCUCUUCCAGGGAGUACUGCAUAACCUAAUUUUUGACAGGCUUCCGCCCGUCUUAGAGAACAGGAUUCCAAAGCUACUCCUUGAAGAGGGCUUCGGGCAGCCGAUGUGCAAUGCGCGGCAACAGCCCAAGCUACUGCUUCGAAUUGCGCUUAUUACCAACGACCCUGAGGUGUGUCCGGAGGAUGCUUCUGACUUUCUGCCGGUUUUUGCGCCGCGGGGUUCACAUGAAGAAAUCCCGAUUGGCAGUGUGAAGUGCAGAGAAGGGAAGGUUGAUAUGGAUGAGCUUCAGUCUGUGCUGUGCGGUCUUCGAAUUCGAAGUCAGACACAGCCAGAGGAAGAGGUUCAGAACCACCAGCACAUGGACGAAGAGGAGCCGGAGGAGGUGUUUUACUAA